AUGACAAAUUCACGGCCCAUACUCUGUUGCAUACCAUUCGCAUGGUUAUUCAUAACCGCUGCAGCAGCAUACUGGCUAUUCUCAUGGGACACUCCAAGCGAACAAGAACUACGAUACUCACUACGUGGCAACUUUCUUCACAUCACGGACAUACAUCCUGAUCCAUACUACAGAACAAAUGCAACUGCCCGUUCAUCAUGUCAUCGAAUAGCCUUGCAAACUAUGAAAAAACCAAAACAUAUGAAGAGAGGAACUGCUGGUCCGUGGGGCGCACCUGGUACUAUAUGUGAUUCACCUGUUGGUCUGGUAGAUACUACGUUUGAUUGGUUGAGCGAAAACUGGAGGGACGGACUGGAUUUCAUUAUAUGGACUGGUGAUAAUGCAAGACAUGAUAACGACGACUCGGUUCCUCGCAAAGAAAAAGAAAUUAUCGACCUUAAUCGUCUAGUAACAGAUAAAUUCAUUCAAACCUUUGCCCCUAUAAAACAUGGCAAGCCCAACUACUCCAAAAUGAUUCCCAUCAUCCCCUGCAUUGGCAACAAUGACGUCUACCCAACAAACGUUAUCUCGGCCGGACCAAAUUUCAUGCUUGACUCUUUGGCCGACUUGUGGGCUCCAUUCAUCCCCAAGACACAAAUGCGAUUUUUCCGACGAGGAGGUUACUUUGUCAAAGAAGUUAUACCAAACAAGUUGGUUGUAGUAUCAUUGAACACACUAUAUUUCUUCAAGGCGAAUUCCGCCGUGCAUGGAUGCAAAACGGUCGGUGAACCGGGGAAAAAUCAUAUGGUAUGGUUGGACAAUGUGUUGAAAAGGACUCAGCAGAGAGGCAUGAGAGCUUAUUUGGUUGGACACGUCGCCCCAAGACGAAAGCACUAUACCCCAACUUGUUAUAGGCACCUAGAACUCUUCGAUUUCCCGUCCGAAAAUAAUACGUCUAUGUCUGCUUCCAAAGACAAGGUCUCCACAACAGUGUAUAAUCUCGGCCGCUACAUUCAUCGUCUAUUUCGGCAUUAUGAAACAGUUCCCCCAGCUCGACAAGUUGAAAAUGGUGAUUAUGCCGUUGUUCAUAUAAACCCUUCAAUUAUUCCAACCUUUUUCCCGGCUUUGAGAAUAUUUCAAUAUAAUACGACAACGGAAUCGAAUACAAAAAAAGCAGAAACUGCAGAGAAAGUACUAGAUUUUCAUACAAAUAUGUAUGAUGAGGUCAUAGGGGAAAAUCAGGACAAUAAAGUUCUUACAAGUGAAGAUGAUUCAAGUGACGCCGAUAAUUGGGAUGGUGAAGACGAGUUCCCUGACAUUACCGCCAACAUCUCUGUCCAAUCUACCCGUCCCCGCCCGCACGACCCGCAGUCACCAGUACAUUCGAACACCUUCCUUACUCUACUCGGAUACGAUCAGUACUACAUCAAUCUAAGAAAGGCUAACGCAAAUCCCCGCGUUCGCCCGCGGUAUGAAAUAGAAUAUACGACGAAGCACGACUAUAACAUGGACGAUUUAACAGUGCGAAGUUGGAUACAGCUGGCAAGAAAAGUUGCCCGGAAUGGAAUCAGAAGUAAAUUAGGAAGAAAAGUUCUUGACCAUUUAAUUGUUGGAACAAGGAAUAUUAUUAAGGAGAGAGCUGCUCAGGGAGAAUUGUUUCUCGAGGGGAAUGCAGGUGUUAAGGGACCCGGAGAUUAUUUGAGAGAAGAUUUGUGGUUUUAA